UGUAUCCUGUGAGACCAAUCUCAGGGUCUCAAUCCCCCGGUCGCAGCCGGCGCGCUCACGGUGCUGAUGCUGCUGCUGGUUAGCCAGGCAGCUAGUCACUGAAGCUCCGGAUAAAUGAUCACAUUUACGGCGUUGAACACCCACGUUAGCCUGCGCUGUGUGGGAGCAAAUACGCGCAUCAUGUCGUAUGCAUGCUCUCGUUGUCGUUUUGUGUAAUGGAGCUGCGCCACCCGCAUACAAGCAGCAAACAGCGGGGAUUUAUGCCAUCUACGGUUAGCUCGCUAACGCUCCGGGGAUUUUUCGGAUUUACCGUAGUUAACGGCUCUAGUCGUCAUGCUGUCGUGAGCGUGCUUCGGUUUGCUGCAGCCUCGCUUCCCCACUAGAAUAACGGACGGCCAGAGCCUCCACCAGCUCCACAACAUGACUCACACACAGUGAGCCGACUAGCUGGCUGGAUGGCUAGCUCCUUCGUUAGCAGCUGGUGAUGCUCGCAGCCGUUCAGAUGUCCGUACCGCCGAUCAGCUCAAGCCAUGUCCGUCCGAUGUAGCUGAUGCGUUGCUCGGCUUGCCAAACGAUGAAGGGCCGGGGUAAUGAUGCGCCUCUGCUUGCAGGAGGCGGAACAUGGAAGCAGAGGAAGAGCGGCGCAAAGACCCGAGUGCACACAAAGUUUUGGAUCAAAAGGUGCUCUGCAGACAGGACGGAAGAAUCGGUACAGUGAGAACUCGCCACAGCCUGCUGAGAACCCAGAACACACUGCAGAUUCAGCCCAUCGCCCGCUCAGCAUGUGCAGGUUCCUGUCCGAAUCUAACGAUGAGUAGGAGCGAGCAUGCCGAUGCGAGGCCCGUGCCCGUGGCCCUCACCCCCCAGCUCCCCCCCAGAGCCCACCGGCCCCUCUGUGUGUCGGUCUCCUCCGACAGCAGCGGACGCUUCAAGGCUCUGGAGACGCAGGAGUGGAAGAACAACCUCAAAGCUCAGAUGGAAAAGGCUCACAGUGCAGGAGCAGCCAGUAGCACGGGUUCUCUGGAGCGAGCGUCCCUGUUCUGCGCCUCUGGAUCUGCCACAGUGUCCGGCUCUGGCCUGUCCAGCCCUGUGGAGAUACUCAACAAGAGCAAGUCCUCCAGCCGCUUCUCUCUCUUUUCGCCUCCCUGGAACAGCAGCUCAGAGUCCGACUCCAAUCCUCCUUCCCGCUCCGGCUCCAAGAAGCUGCGUAACUACAGCCGGAGAGCCGCCACAGGGCCGGCCGGAGCUAGGGGCCCCGAUACGCCGGAGCCCAAACCCGGUGGCCCCGAACACUUCCAGUACUCAGAACCUGUCAUCUCCAAAGUGACAGAUUACAUCUAUGUUGGCAACCUGAAUGCAGCGUACAAUGGGCGUACGCUGUGUCGCAACAACAUCGACAGCAUCAUCGACAUGAGCAGCGCACCGGGAGAGUCGGGCCCCUCCCUCAGCCUCAUACCUUGCACCUGCUCCCGUGGCGCCCGGCACAGCUGGUCCCGCCUCAAGGUGGACAUCGGAGAUGUGCCGGAUGCCCUGGGUGACGGGCCGGCGCUGAAGCAGCGCUGCUUCGAGGACAUCAACGAGUGCAUCAACGCCUCCACCGAGAAGCGGAAGCGCGUUCUGGUCCACUGUCGGGACGGCUUCUCUCUGGCACCGACGUGCAUCAUCCAGUAUCUGAUGGUGAAGCAGAACAUGAGGCUGAUCGCCGCCUAUGAGCUGCUGAGGGCCAAGUACCCGGUCAACAUCAGAGAGUGCCACCAAAAUGUCCUGGUGAGCCUGGAGAGGGCGCUGCGGCCCGGUGGAAACAUUGACCCCGAGUGCUUCAAACAGGCCAUCUCACGCAAAGUGGCGUGGACCUGAGUUUGUUUCCCAGCUGCUGCUCGAUGCGCUCGCUGUUCCUCCCACAGCAUCGGAUGCUGUCAUACAGACAACCCAGGGCAGCUGGACUCCUCCCUGUAGACUGGUCACAUGGAUAUUAUUGUCCCCACUUGUGGUUGUGAGAAUUUGAUGUAUUUCUUCUUCAGACCUGUAAAUGUGACCUGGCAGUGAUUUCCUCCUCCAUACUCACCAAACAGGAGACGCAAUAGACUUCACCGUAGUGUACAAAGCUUCUUGGUAUAACCGUGUGACAGUGUUGGCUGUAUAGUUGAUAUAGUCCCGCUUCAGUUCUGUGCCACUCCGUCGUGUUGCUGUUCUAUAUCAGGGGAAUUUCUUACCGGGUGAUCUCAGGAGAUUAUUGAUGUCAUACUAGAACAGUGUAGGUGGUUAUUAUAUUAGUCUGUGGAUUUGUUGACAUGUGGAAUAAAAAAUGCAACUUGGAGAGUUAGGAAAGGGUUCAGCAGCAUGCCCAGUUUAGAGCUGGUAAUCUACACACAGGGAGGGUUUGGCAGCACCAGAGGAGCUGCUCCACUUCCUCCAGUUCAGCUGAGGACACGUAAGAGUGAACGGUGCUAAAAAGGCUAAAAUAGUUCCUUACACCUGCUUCCAGGAGCCCAUAUUAGAUUUUAACUUUCACAGAGUAUUGAUGAUUUGUCUGAAAUUAAAUAUAACAUUGAUGUCCUUUAGGAAGCUGAUGUGGCCCAUAAAACGUGAGCUAAGGUGUCCUGAUUGGUCAGUUAAGGAAUUAUGAUAGGACAUCCUUACUUAGGUAAACUUAGGUAAACGCCCACACACACUUCUGUGUGUGUGUGUGUGUGUGUGUGUGUGUGUAAGAAGCAGCCAUGCUGUGAUGUUCCUCAUACUCACAGAAAUGCAUUUUAACAACAUCAACAACCCUUAAAAACUGAAACUGUAUAAUUUGUGUACUGAUUUUAAUCAAAAUCAUGAUCAAGAUUCCCAGAAGAAAAAUGUAUUCUCAGCAAACUGUAUCUUACAGGGCUGCAUCAUCCUGGGCUGUCUCACAGGCGUGUGGAGCUCUUUGGUGCAGAGUAAAACUACAAAAAUCCAUCCAAUCACACUCGACUUUUCACAGACACGUUUGUCCAGCCUGCAGCUUUUUAUGGGCGGCUGAAUCAGGUGACUUUUGUUUUGGUGCACAAAAACACUGCUGCAUGUCGAAGUGACCUUUCAGGCACAACAGACGUAAAUCAUGGGCACAGGUAAAUCUAGAAAUCAAGUGUGACAUAUCAAAAUGUGUUUCAGAGCGGUGAUAUUUAUCCCUCUAAAGAUCAUUUUUGUUUCCUGGGGUAAUUUGUGCUGUGAUCCAACACUCAUAACUGGACUUCAGAUGCUAAAUAACUCGAGCAGCGAGGGACCACGUGGACUUCUGUAAUGUCAGGGAUUCUGCAGCAGCCUAAAUGUUGGAGAUUUAUGACAUUUUUUUAAGUUGUGUAAUGUAUCUAUUUAGUGCCCUUUUUACAUGAAUCAUUUUACAUAAAGACAGUCCAAAAGGUUUAGUAGAACUAAUAAAAAAGAGUAUAAUAUUCUGACUAAAUAACUCACUGUAUGUAAAUGAGGUCACCUGUGAUUCGGUGCUCUUCCACCUCACUGGGUAACUCGUCAGCUACAGCGAGUCUGCACUCAGGCUGCAGUGCGUCUUUCUUUCCAAACACAGUGUGCGUCGUGGCGGUUGGAUGGAGCCGAGCUGACCCGGCGCAGCGUAAAGUCAGCCCUCCUGGCUGCACCGCUGCUUCUGGAAGCUUGUUCCAGAAAAAUGGUGAAAUUUGUCUUUAUGCACAUGUUAGAUAACUUGAAGAUGCAAAGAAACUGGGAUUCUUUUCAUCACUAGGGGUCAAGUAUUCCUUUAGUUGUGAUAGGGAUGGCCAUAGGUUUCAAAUAUUUGAAUGCUUAUUCAUGUUUUCCAGUACUACCUCGUGAAGGUGGCAGAAAGACACGUGGUUGGCGGCUAACAUUAACGACAAAAUAAAUAGAAGAAUGCGCGGCCAGAGCCGAUCUGGUGGAGAGAUCCUGCUUCGUAUCAGUCCUGCUGUGUAGAAAUAGUUGAACAGAAGGUGCUCCUGAGUUAGUCCUCAGUGAACUGGAAUCAUGUAGACAACAGAAGCUUUGUGUGAGUACAUCAGUGGGUUUAUACUUCUGUGUUAAAUCUGUAUAUCAUAACUGCAAACCACUUUGACACCCUACGCAGUCACGUGGUAUAACCUGACACGCACCUCCCUAGAAAUGUAACUUCACAUCGCAUCGAUGCAGCCCGUGACUGCGCUGUUGAUUCUUCCUAUGCAUUCCUUCUCCUGCCAUCGUUUUUCAAAUUGACUGGAAGAUGGUGGAACAACUUGAAGAGAAACUCUACUGCCAGCUAGUGUUCUGGCAGCGAAAUCGCAGAGCAGUGGAAGCACGCCAUGCACACAUAUAAAUGCUGGCCUCGGCCACUCGUGGAGACUGUCGAAGGUGCUACAUAGAUUCAGCACAGAAGUCUGAAUCAGGCGUACGAGGCAGCUGGUUGUGGUGCUCGUAGGCGACUUCUGCAAGGAGGCUUCUGCUGCCUGCUUCAUGCCUGAAAUCAAAAUUCCUGAUACAGUAAAGUGGCAUUUUGCUGCAAACAAAACUUGCAAAAAUCUAAAGAUUGAACUACAUAUUUAUUGUCUCAACCUCUCCUGAUUAAAAUUUGCAGAAGAAAAAUGUUUACACCACAAAAUGUAAUGUUUUUUGGUUACGCCUCUGUGGAGCCCCAUGAGUCUGGACUAUCUCGUGAACAGAAAGUCCAGAGAGCAGGAGUUCUUGAGUAUUUAGGAGUCCUUUGGUCGGACUGGUAAAGCGUGUGUGGUGUGGUGAGAUUGGAGAUCUGUCUUUCUUUCUGGAAAUCUGUAGCUGGGAAAGUCUUAGCUUGGAGUGGUUAUAAAUUGGAUGAAUUAAGGACUUGGUUUGAACCCCUGUUGGGCCAAACCGUCUGGACUGCGAUCAGUGGAGGACUUGCAUGGGUCCUGUUAUCUUCAGCUCUCAGACUCCCGCCUGGAUUUUGUUACAGAUUCGUCUCAAAAGGGAACUUUGCACAUGGACGCUGUUUGCGUUGUUUCUGACCGUUUUGUGCUGUUAUUUUUCUUUCUGAGGUCAUACUUGUUGGAAGAUGAAUGGCGAUGCUUGUCCUCUGUGAGGAAGACUUGAGCCUCGUUUUCAGCCACAGUUAGUUCGAUGAGAUAUCUUAGGUGGCACAUCGCGUGCAUCUCGUCGCAGUAUUAGUCCACUGGUGCUGCUGAACUGCGAUUCGGGGUUUUUACAUGGCAAGAGGUGAUUUUUUUUUUUUGCAGUACUCACAGGGCUGUCUGAAAGUAUUACAUUUUUCUUGAGUAUGUUUAAUGACAUUUAACAUGACAAAUGAGUUUCACAAAGAGAACAAAGGGAACACGCUCGUUAACCCUAGAACAAUAGUGUCAUUUCGCGUGGGUUAAAAUCACCCGAUGUUCGUGUUCUUGGGUUAAAAACAACCAGAUUAAAGCGUUAACAGUAGCUAAAAGUCUUUAAUAUUUAAUCUUCCAGUAUUUCUUAAUCUACAUGUUUUGUGUUUAAUGUCAGAAAAUAGUGGAAACCACCUUUUCAAAGAUGCUGUUUGUCUUUUGUAAUUACCCUCUGCGUAUUUCACUACCAUGAGGCAGCCUUUUACCAGCAGCUAUGUUAAAAUGCUUUAACUCACUGCGCCACUUUGUGGCAGAAAUUGGUAUUACACGAACAUUUGGCACAGCCCCGUUUUAACAACAGUUGGUGUGUCAUCAACACAGUACGCAGAUAUUUAGGACAUAAAUUCAAAGCAGUUGUUUUUCUGUUGAUUUUAAACUACUUUUUAAUUGAGGAGUUUAUGAGUAUUUUUAAACACAAAAAGCAGCAAACACAUCGGGAAAGGAUCACCAUUUCUGGCUUUAAAUGAUUAGUUAAUUAAUUACCUCAAUCUGGUUUUAUAUUUAAUAGUUUUGCAGGCGUGUAUAUCAGCUACAGUAAGUAUUAUGGAGGACCUAAACUGCCAAAAUUAAAAAAGAAAUAAUAAUUCAGUGUUAAAAUCAAAUGUAGGCAUGAAUUCACAAAGUGUGACACAAACUGAUAUAUGAUUAUCUUUUUUUAAACUUUGUAUUAAUUUCCUUAUUUACCUCAUUUUUGAUUGACUUUUUUCCUUUUGAGUGUAUUUAUUUUUGUGGGUUUCAGGCCUUUGGUCAGACAGUGCAGAGAGGAAAGCAGGUUGAAAGGAAGCGAGACCCCCAAAUGACCCGGGGCAGACUCGAACCCGGGCCGCUAAAACAAAACAAAUGAAAUUAAAACAUGGAAAAUUACUUGUAAGGGAAAGACAAUGAGAAAAUGAAUGCACAGAUUUUGAUAUUUUUGGUGUAGUAACAUAAAUUUAUAUAUCAAGUCUUUUAUUUUUGAUUGAUUGGUCUUCCGUAGAUGCAUGUGCUGGUAGCAAUCACCUGAAAGCAGCUGUUAGGAGGUAACACCAGGCUGAAGGAGCCAUACUGUUUGGAUGUCAGUGAGCGGACCGACAGGGAUGAUAACAGAGGGCUGCUGGUUGCAGGUUCACCUGCUCAUGUUGUAGCUACACCUGCAGCAUUUCCUGCCCUACCUGUACUUUGUCUUGUACUCUCCUGCCUUCACGUCUUUUGAACGUGCAGCUUAAAGGGGACCUGUAAGGUUUGAUCAUUUUAUGUCAUGUAUAAAUGUUAAAAACAGUGAAAGCUCAUAUCAAACAUAGACAAAAAUUCAGAUAAUAAAGGUCAGUGUAUGUACAGGUAAUGCCUUUGAGCCAAAAACUCAGGCUUCACACAGUUUUCUUCUACUCCCAGAUGUGUAUGAUGUCAUAGAGAGUAGAUACCAUAUGUGGUCACACAGCUCUCAGAGCACUCUUGGCUUUAAGACUCUCUAAGAUCCGAAAAUAACUCUGGAGCUGAAUUUGACCAGAAAUAGGUCCCCUUUAAGAAGCACUUGAUUUCAUACAAGUAUCCAUAUCCUGCAGAACUGUGGCUGUAGUUAAAAUGCAGUUUAAUAUUAAGAAACAUCCAGAAAACUAAGAAGCUUUUGUUUAGAUUGGAGUGGCAACAAACUCCAAACCAGCCAGUAUUUUAUUUCGGUCCUGAAGAGCCAGUUUUUUAAUCUAAUGAUUUUAUUCUUCAGUUCUGCUUAACCAAAGGUUGAGUUAAGCAGGUAAAGUCGGGUUCUGGCUAACGUUCCCUUUCUUCAGCUGAGCGUAGUUCGCUCUCUGGAACCGUCUAAUUCUCCUGCUCUGCAUUUGUCGUGAAGUCUGUUUGGGUUAAACACAGUUGGCAGUAACGUUGGUUGGCUGAAGCGGAGCCACACAGGAAGUGAUUUGUCACUUUGCAGGUGAUGGUUGGUCGCUCGUGGGCAUUCCAGGCUGCAGGUAACUGCCUAAUGUAUGUAAGACCUGUUCAUAUGCCAGUCAGCAGUAUCCUUGCACUCUCAUUGGAAGUAGCCAGAAAAUUAUAAAACAUGGGACCCGCCCACUCGGUCUGAGGUCGCCACAUCGCUGCUAGUCUUUUCCUGUUUAUCCAGUCGAUCGAGCCCAGAGUCAUAGCCUGACAGAAAUGAGCUCAUUGCCAAAUGUUCACUUGAAUGGAAGUGUAACACGGGAUGGUGCUGGUGCCCAACCCAGAACUGAUUCAUGCAUUUCCAGGACGGGUGCAGAAAGCAGCAGAAUUCUGGCCCGUUUGGUUGGGAUUGUGUGAGCUAUCAGAAGAAUUUCCCAGUGAUUGGCAGCCGGAGCCCACAGGUUCUGUCUGAGCACUGCGGGACCCACCUGGACAGUAAAAAGCACCACACGGUUCUUUUUUCUUCUUUGAAUUUAUUUGACAUUUUUCCACAUGUAUGCUUUAGUUAGAGGGCAGGUCAGUGAGUGUUGCUCAGGUCUGCGGCCCUGACCUCUGGCAGCACAGAGCAGCAGGUUGGAGUGGAAACUAAAAGUAUGGUGCCUUCAUUUGGAGUCAUCUCAUGACCGUACGGUGACAUUUGCACACUUUGUAUGAUUUUAACCUCUUUGUCUUGUAAGAUGUUGAAUAUUUUUGGAUGUUUUAUUUUAAAGAAGGAAAAAAAAGACAUUUGUGUGAAGUGGUCCUUGCUGUGAUAUAUUUGCAGACUUUAGUGUACAGUAGCGGCGGUGCUGACACUGAACAGAUUCUAUAUUUGGACAGAUGUUUUAAUGGUGGUGUGAGGCUCUGUGGUGGAGUCAGCAGCAGAUUUGUCAUCAUGUCAGACUGAAUAGGUUUUCUAACUCGUUCUCUCAGGUGAUUUCUCAGUAUCCCAGAAUGCUCUCAAUGAAUACGAUGUGAUUCUGAAUGUGAAGCAAUGUAUUUCUCAUGUCGUGUUUAUUAAUCUGAUUUAAUUUGUACUGUUGAAAUAUUAAACUGAUGUAACUCACAGCUGUUCGUGUGUUGACAGUGAUUGAACACUCGUAGCUCUCGCAGAGUUCAGCUCACUUUGAGG